AAACACAAUUAAUUUGUUAUAUUUUAACGAUUUAACGUUAUCUGCUAAGUAUUAAAUCAACUAUCAAAAUCGAAUAUCCGGUAAUGUUUUUUAGUUUUCUUCUCAAGAACAAUAAUUGAACAAAAUAUGUCUCGUCUUGUGUACACUAUCAAAUUUAAAUUUAAUAAUAAUAUGUUCACAUAGCAUUUAAUUUAAGAGUUAAAUCGAUCGUCAUUUAUGGAAAAAUUACUAAUUUUCGUGUACUCGAUUGGAAUCCUUAUUAGGAUCUAUUUGAGCUUCAGCGAUUUCAGUACUUCAAUCGCAGACCGGGUUGAAGUGUCAACGCCAUUGAAUUCUUGGAAAAGAGUUAUAGAAGGCGUAUCCUUAUACAAUGAAAAUCUCAACCCAUAUGAUGGAGAUUUAUUUCAUGAGACUCCAUUGGCUCUUGUAUUUUUCAGUAACUUGACAUCAACUUUUUCAGAUUUUUAUGUAUCAUUAGUAUUUAUUAUGUGCGAUCUCAUGACUGCUUUUGUGUUGUAUUAUACGUCUAAAAUUUACACAGAAAAUUUGCUUGAAAAGCAAACCAAAAGAAAACAUGUCUAUUAUAAAGAAUUCAAUAAAUUAUUGAUACCAGAUGACUUUUCAGUCAUAAAUCCGUUUUAUGUAUGUUCAGUUUAUAUGCUUAACCCUUAUACGGUGUUUAGCUGUAUUGCAAGAACAACAACAGUGUUUAAUAACCUAUUUUUAGCAAUAUGUUUAUAUUCUAUGGUAAAACGGCAUAGACUAUUAGGAUGUCUGAGCUUAGUAUUAGCAUCAUUGCCAACGUUUUAUACAUUUGGUCUUAUAGCUCCAUUAAUGUUAAGUUGUGUACCGACUGACUCUAAGAAAAAGACUGGUUCAUUCAUAUUUACAUUUUUAAUUUGUGGAGCCAUUAGCUGUAUGCUACUAUAUUUAUGCUAUACUAUUAUGAAUGAUUGGGCGUUUCUAGACUCUGUUUAUGGUUUUAUAUUAAAUGUACGUGAUUUAAAACCAAAUAUUGGUUUAUUUUGGUAUUUCUUUACUGAGAUGUUUGAACAUUUCCGUGCACUAUUUGUUUGUGCUUUUCAAUUAAAUGCAUCUGUUUUGUAUGUAAUUCCAUUAAGUAUACGUCUCCGCCGUGACCCUUUGUUGUUAGCUACCAGUUUGUUAACAUUAACCGCAGUAUUUAAGUCAUAUCCAAGCAUAGGAGAUGUUGGAUUUUACCUCAGUCUUCUUCCAAUCCAUAGGCAUCUAUUCUACUUUAUGCAACAAGCAUUUAUUGUAUCAUGUUUCUUUGUGGGUUGUACUGUUUUUGCCCCUACUGUAUGGCAUUUAUGGAUUUAUUCACGUUCAGCAAAUGCAAAUUUCUAUUUUGGAGUUACUCUUGCUUUUGCUACAACUCAAAUAUUCCUGAUCACUGAUUUAUUGUUCGCCUACAUAAAGCGUGAGUUCGCUUUGAAACACGGUAUGAAACGUAUGAUCAAUGGAAAAGAAGCACGUUUAAUGCUUGAUUAAUACAAUUUUAUGUUAAACUUUUUGAGAAAAAUUUUAAAAUCUUGACAUGGCUCCUUUUAAAUAAAUAAAUCAAAUUGUUAUUGGUAAUUUUUAUACUUAAACACAUCAUACCAAAUUACAUCUAAUCACUAUAAUUUAUAAGUAAAAUGUAUAAUAUAUUUUUACAAAAAACAAUAAAAUAAAAUUGUACAAAACAUGAA